AUGAAAGGUGUUGAUGGAUAUAAUUUCAAAAUAUUAUUCAUUUCAAUCAUACUUUUCUUAAACAUAUCAUCUUAUGAUACAGCAAACAACAACGACGACGAUAUACCAUGCAGAUGUGCAUCCGAAACAAAAUGUAAAUUGAAAUGUUUGAAUGAAACAAAUGAAAUUGAUACAAAUCAUAAUAUACAAAGACGAGAAGUGGAGUAUGAAGAAGUUGAAAUUAUCGAUGAACGAAAGUGUAAUAGUAAAAGUUUACAAAAUAUAAUGUUACAGAAUAUGGCUGGUCAAACAGUUAAAGAAGCAAAAACAAAAAUAAUGCGAGCAGCUGAAGCGCUUCUUGGUGGCUAUUUCAAUGUUAUUUGUGCUUAUGGCGAUUUCUCCUAUAUCACAACAACCAGUCUUUAUUGUUUACAAUCUUUGGGUAACAUCAGUUGUUAUGCAUUUCUUACGGGAAAUAAUCAUCCAAGAUUAGAAUGA